AUGGCUACUUCCCCCGCCCCUGCGGCUCAAGUCCGUCCCAAGCUCGACGGUCGGCCCACGACCACCGUUGUCAACUUUGCCCUCAGCGCGCUCAUCGAGAACCCCAAGUCCAGCACUCCAAGCAGUGCACCCCUGUCCACCAUCAACAUCAAGAACGACUCGACGACUACUAACCCUCCGCUGCCGACCAAGUCGACCAAGCAGGCCACAGAGACACCUCCGCCCGAACCACACACAAUUCCGGCUCCUGUCGGGGCGCAACAGCCCGCGGACAGCCAUGCAGCCGGAGCCAAGCCAGCCCUUCCACAUCGGCCAAAGAGUGGCACGCCGCAGCGGAGUGAAGUGCCUCGGGCAUCGCGGCCCAAGAAUGCAAAAGCGUCCAAACCCAAAUCGCCUCCGGCCGGAGGCGAGGCUCCUUCUCCAAAAUCUCCAGGUCAGUCCAAGCCACCAUCACGGCCAGGCUCGCAGAGCCCAGUCCAUCCAGCGCCCACCCCCGUUCCCAACGACCGCUCGAAUGUCAAUCCCAAACCCCAUCGGAUACCCAAGCCCAAGACCGCCUCGAGAACGGCUCUCAGCAGCGGCGACUCAAAGCCACCCCAGUCGGACUCGGAAACGGAGCGCAAGUCCAAAGACACCAUCUCGUCGCCGGACGCACCAAAGUCUCGCAAGGGCUCGGCCUCCAAGUUCCCACGGGGCAAGAACGCACAUCCCGCAGGGCUGAUACGCCGCCAGACGUCCAGGUCCAUGCCCGGGCUCGGCAUAUCCGCCAACGAUAUGGCCGACGAGGAAAGCACGCCCAUCGAGCCGGCUCGCCCAGCCCAUCCUCUGGAGACCCCGGUCCCUGGCGCAGAAACGAUCCUGGGUGGUCAGCUGCGGCUCAAGGCACUUUCGGCGUCGAUCGAGGGCGACAAGAACAUGCAGCAUCAGCUGGGCUUGCUUUCCAAAAGCGAGCACGAGCUCACCGAGGCAUGCUGUGACGGCGAUGUGGACAAAGUAUACAGCCUGUUAUGGAAAGGAGUGAACGUCAAUGUCAUCAAGCCGGUACAAGGACGAACGGCUGCAAACAGCGGGCACUCUCAGGUCAUCAAGACUCUGCUCCAGAAGAAGACUCUCGGUAGCAAGGACCUGGGCGCAAAAGACAAUUUUGGAUCGACACCUCUUCAUUUUGCCUCUGUGCGGAACCUAUCCGAGUCUGUCCAGGCGCUGGCAUGUGGUCGCAAUGGCGGCGAUAUGGAGCCCUCGCCGACAACUGGCACCGGCUAUCUAACACAAGUUGUCUCCACCUCCGGCUUCCAUGACGCCGAUAACCGCGUGGUGCUCUGGCUGCUCCCCGACGAGCAGAUCAACGGCGGCUGCAACUCAACACUGACAAACAACCAAGGGAAGAAACCAAGCGAUCUUACAACCGACCAAUCAAUCAAGGCGCUGUUGCUUGAGGAGGAGCACCGGAUCGUUAGAAUGGAGCAGAACCUCGCUCGGAACGAAAGACGAAAGCAGAAAGAAAAGCAGGAUCUCAUGGACAAGGCUGCUCGCCGGCCUCUAUCGCCCGAGGAGAGGCGCAAGCUCUUGAUGAUGCAGAGAGCGGACAAGGCCAUGGUCGCAAGAUCCACCAGCAGCCUCACAGGCUCCGUUGCAUCGCCUCAGCCGUCGAGACCGGUGACCUCGAAGGGACGAGUCCCGAGCCAGGAAUUGAACAAGCCACUCAAGAGAGAGAUGAAGAGUGCAUACGGAAGCAAGAAAACCCUGGGCUUGUACUCCAUAUCUCGCCAAAACGUCAAUACAGCGUGA